CAUGACAAAGUAAACAAAGAUGGCCGCCGUAUAUGAUUAAAAUUUCUGACACCAGCACACACAAUAAUAACAAAAAUGCCUAAAAAGGGCAAGAAGGGGAAGGGUAAAAAGGGGAAGAAAGGGAAGGGAAAGAAAGGAGGGAAGUCUGGGAAAAAGAAUGAAUCAAUUGUUAAAAUAGCAGCUGCCAACUCCAAAGUAUGGGAAGUCAGACUGGAUAUUGCAGAAAAAUCAAAACAAGAGUACAGAGACAAUGCCAAACAGCUUAUGCUGGAGAAUGAUGCUCUUCAGAAUCAGAUGUUACAGACAGAGCGUGAUACAAUUGAUGUCAUCACAUUCCUUAAAAAAGAAGAUGCUGUUAAAGACAACCAUUUGGAGAGACUGCAGCAGCAGAUCAGGGACCAGAAAAAGGAAAAUAGGAAAGAAAAGGAGCUUAUUGUAGAAGACUUUAGUAAACAGAUAAAUGAAUUGGAGGAGAAGUUGUCAGAUAAAACUAAAGAUGUUGAAAUGAUGCAGAGCGAGCUGAAGUUGGUGAAAGAAUUCAGAAGAAAGAGGGGACAAAUGCAGAAAGAUCUUGAUGAGAUCAAAGAAUCAAUGUACAAUGCUAACAGAGAGCACAAAUCAACCCUAUCAAGAAUGGAACAGAAGUUUUUUGAAGAGAAGAUGAGAUUACAACAAGAGGCCAAUCAGAAGAUAGCAGAACUGGCAGAAAGAGCUCAUACUGAAGCUAUUGCGAACCUAGAUGAAACAACAAAGUCUGUUUACAAAGAAAAUGUAAGACUGUCUGAAGCAUUGAGUUAUCACAUGAAGGAAGGAGAAGUGUUACGUAAACAGAAAGAAAAACUAGAAGAAGAAAAUGAACUGCUGAAAGGGGACAAGGAAAUCAACGAAAUGAUGGUUCAAGAAAAAGUUUCUCAAUCCAAAAAUCAGAAACAGCAGCUUAAAGAUAAUUCUGAGAAAAUAACAACACUGGAACAUUCUCUAAGUCACAUGGCAAGGGAGUUUAAUACAGAGAAAAAAGCAUUACUGGAAAGGUUUAGAAUUGAGACUGAAGCUUCUAAAAUAGAACUUGCCAAAUUACAGAGAAUUAUUGAACUAAAAACAAAGGAAAUGAACAAAGUGAAGAGACUUGCUAAAAACAUUCUAGACCAAAGAACAGAGUUGGAAAGAUUCUUCUUAGAAGCCUUAGACACUGUUAAAUCAGAAAUAGCAAAUAACCAAGAACAGUAUAGACGUGAUGCACAAAGAGCGUAUCAGGAGAAGAUGCUGGCAGCACACACUGGUAAGGGAGACUUUCCAAAGAUCAGAACAUUCAACAAGACAGACACCAGUACUAACAGUGUGUUCAAAGACCUUGAAGCUGCAGAAAGACUAUACUCCAGUGGCAAGGUUGAGGUCAGUGAUCUAACGUGGGAGCAAAAAGAACGGGUUCUACGGUACCUGUUUGCCAGAAUGAAUGGAGGUAGCAGUAAAGAGCAGAGGACAGUAACUUCCGCUCCAGUCCUACCUGCUAUAGAACAGGGGAAACACAGACAUAUUAAUGCUGAUGCCUCUAAAGAUGAUAUGAGCAUGCCUAAAGACGAUGAUAAGCCAGAUAAUACCUUCCUCACCCAAGCAACGGUAGACGUUCCUGAGGCAACAAAGGCGUGGUCAGAGGCACCACCUCAAGAAGUGUCUUCAUAGUUGUAUAUUCAUAGAUAUUUUUUAUAUAUCUCAGAGAAAAUUCGAAGAUGGAACUUUAUGUCUGAGAAAAAUCGAAUUUUAAAACUUGUGUAAAUUAUGAAUAAGAAAAUACAAGCAAUCUGUGAUUAUGUUCUAAUAGUACUGCUGCAUUUACAGUAUUUGAUUUAUUUACACUAUUUUAUAACUUGUUUUGUUGUUCAAUAUUUUUAAACAAAAUGUGAAGAUAAAAGGUGUGUGGCAGAAAAUUAUGAGGUUUCUUUUCAUGCUUAGAACUUUUAUUUCUUUACCCUUUCCCCCAAACUUUAUCAUUUUACAGUAUUUUAACAAAUGUCAAUUAACCCACCUUCCUUCUCUGAACCUUGUUUUAGCCAGUACAUGCAAAUAUGUCUUUAUAACAAGAAGUGAAAGUCAAAUAAUACUCAAAAAGUUUCUCAUAAAAUUGAAAAAUUGCAUGUAAAUGCUGGUUCAGAAAUAGAGCAUCUAAUAAAGUUUUAAAUCAUUUAUGUGCUUUAUCAAAACAAUUGUAAAAUUAUUUACAGUAUUUUUAGAUGUACUGGUAUUGAAACAUCAAAUAUAUCUAUGUUUUAACUAUUAACUAUUUUAGGUCUUUAUCCCCAGAUGUUGAUGAAAUUUCUUUCUUGAUGUUAUCAAAUUUCAUAUUAAGCAGUUUUGCAAUAUCUUAUUAGGAUGGUAUACAUGUAUAGACUAGUGUUUCAUAAAUAUCAGUUUUAUAUUAUGAUGGUAAUAAAGGUAUUGCACAGCUGGUGUAAUACUAAAAGAAGGAAGCAUUUUGGCUUAUCUGUGAAUAUAAAGCUUUGGCAUGUGAAUAGUAAAUCUUACCAUUUUAAAGAAGCAUUAACUUUAAAAUUGUCUUAUCACAUAUUUUCAAGAAGAGUUGUUGGGAUUUUUUUUCUGAAACACUGAAGUCAAACAGCCUUAUGUAAGAAGACACCUGGGAUGUGUGACACCGGGCUGUCAUUUUUUACGUCAAGAGCAUGUUAUAAAUUGCCACGCAGGGCUUUGUCUGUUUUUAUUGGCACAAGAACUUUAUCUGUUAAAUUAUUACCCUAAUAAAAUUUGAAGUUAUAGA